AUGCCCCUAUGGCAAUAUGAAGAUAUAACCGCCAAAGUAUGGUCGCUACGCAGUUGUCAACAGAUGGCGACUUUGUUGCGUCACGUGUUACGCGUAUUUCGCGAGUCCUUGCCGCACGCGCUAGUUUCCGAGCGAUGGGCUCAGACCGCGUUACAAUUAGGACUCUCAUGUCCUUCGAGACAUUACGCCGGACGUUCGUUACAGGUGUUCCGCUUGAUAGGCGUGGCGAUGACAGGUCGUAAUGUAUCAGACAUAUUAUCACGUCUGGUAGAGACAGUGGCCGAGCAGGGUGAGGAUAUGCAGGGAUACGUGACAGAGUUACUCCUCACUCUCGAAGCUGCUGUGGACAGCUUGGAGUCACACUUCAGACCUUUGGAUUAUAUGCGUGACAUAUUCAAAUCUACGCCCAAUUUGAACAAUAAGGACGGUCAACAACCGAAUGGCAACGCUUACAAUGCAGGUAGUUGA